UAAAUUGCAAGAGCCGAGCACCGGUUCUUUAUUUCCGGCCCGGUGUGCAACACGAAUUUUCCGAAGUUAUUGAACAUUUCUCAAAGAACUAAAUAUGUUUCAGAGAAAACUCCUUGCUCUUAAUCACCAUCAACCACAAAAAUUUAAUUCAUCAGAUGAGAAUGAGUUUCGUAGUAUGAUUGUAUGGUUAGAGGACCAGAAGGUGCGGCACUACAAGAUCGAAGACAGAGCAGGAUUACGUAAUACUUCAUCCUCAGACUGGCCAAAGGCCUUGGAAAAUUAUGCGAAUGACCUUGGAUGUCCAUACCCGAUAAGUGAGAGAAACCCUAUGAUAGACUGGCUGUUGGGGUACGCUGUAAGACUGGAGUAUGGUGAUGAUGCUGAGAAGUUAAGAUCUGUCAAACCACACACACUGGGCUCCUCUGAUGGUAACAAACCUCCCCAGGGUGGAGCAUCUUCUAAUCCAUUAGAUGCUUUAGAUUUUGAGGAUCCUGAUUUUAAGGCCGGAGUGACUUCCCUUGCAAUGAUGUUACAGAUUCCUCCAUAUCACGAUCAUCUUGAACAGCUGAAGGCAAUAUGUAUUGUUGUGAAAGAGAAAUUAUCCAUAGAGGCAUUAGACAGAGCUGGAAAAGAACAACAGGGAGAACCGGCGACUUUAGAGACUUUAAACCUGGGAUUUGAUACAGGAGAUUACAUUAUUAAUGAAGCUGCUAAGAUUUUACGCCUCCUGCACAUCAGAGAUCUACGCGAACUUCAGUCCAGUAUUAACCAGGCUAUAGUUGCUGUACAAACCAUUACUGCCAAUCCUAAAACAGACAGUAGACUCGGAAAAGUGGGGAGAUAGUGAAAAUACGGCGAUCAUUCUAUUGAACCUACCUGCCUGGAUAAUACGUCUGCUUUUUCCGAAAUCUGACGACAGAAAGAAAUUGCUUCAUUUGUCAGUUAGUUUUUGUCUGGAUUACUUCUAGGUUCCAGACCUUUGUUAAGGUAGUUCUGCACAUUUGGAUCAAGAUUAAAACACCGAUUUUUCAACACUUAAGAAUAUAGAUUCAGCAAAUAAAAAUGAUUUGAGCAUGUACUCGAUUUUUUUGAUAGACUGUUUGGAAAGAUUUUGACUUUACUCAAGUUUUCAUAAUGGGAGUCAGUUGGAAAAUCUCAAUUUUGAUGACAUUUUUGCAAAUAGAUAUUAUGUUAUAAUUAAAAUUUUAAUGAAACUUUUCACAAUUAUAAAUCAACAUACUGUAUGUUAUCAGUCAGAUACAAUGUAUAGAUCUUUGUGCUUAUUUUGAGAUAUCAUUAAUGGUUAAGGUUGAUGACUUCAAAUUCAUUGUCCUACACUGUUGUGGGUUUGAGCUUCACUCGGGGCAUUGAAUUCUUCAUGUGAGGAAGCUAUUCAGCUGGCGUAUGGAAAGUUGGUGGUUCUACCAAGGUGCCUGCCCAUGAUGAAAUAAUGAUUGAGGGGCACCUUCCUCCAACAUCAAAGCCCCCCCCAUCCCCACCCCACAGGGGCAGACAUAUUGUUUUGCCCGUCCGCGUUUUUGCCCUGUCCGUCCGUCUCUCACACUUCAUUUCCGAUCAAUAACUUGAGGUCACAGGGGCCUGAACAUGGAAAACUGUUUCCGAUCAAUAACUUGAGAACCACGUGACCCAGAACGUUUAAACUUCAUGGGAUGAUUUGAUAUGCUGACUAGAUGAUCCCUAUUGCAUUUCAGUCACUCAGUCAACCAAUUGUGUCUCUUUGACAUUUGCUCCUGUCCCCUAUUGACCUCUUGCCUAUUACUACUAUGCAAUGGGGAUACAUGUGCUUUUCUACAAAAGCAUCUUCUAGUCGUCUUUGUUUUGAAAGAAAGGAUAUAUGUCUAAACACUUCAACUGUGGUUGUCGAAAGAAGUAAACUGAUGCUAGAGAUUUACACCAAAGACAAGGGUUGUCAUUCUUUGCAAACACAGGUACAAUAAAAAUCUCAAAUUUUGCUUGUUAAUAAAAAAAAAAUAUUUGAUAAAAGUCACAUUUGUAAAUUAAGUUUUGUUAUUUGAAGGACUUAAAAAUCAAUUUCUAGACUUUAUUUAAUGUGUUUCCUAACUUUUAAAAUUUGAGUUUCUGUCUUUAAGAACUAGGAUAAACACUACCAGUAAUUGUCUUAAUUUUUCUACAGUAACUUUCCAUUUUACAUGUAAUUUUUAGCCUAACUUUUGCCUACCUGCUAUAUGCUACCUUAAGUAAAAAAAAUUCCUGCAUACUUUAUAUGCUAUUAGAGUGUAAAAAAAGUUUCAUUUUUUACUUGCAAAAAUGUUUGAGAGAGGUUGAUUUGAAUUCUGUGAAUCCUGUAAUACUGGAAUGUUCUAAGCAUAUUUAAUAAGUAUGUAUUUUAAAUGAAUGGCUGUUAUUGGAUAAAAGUGCUAUUUUGUUAUAAUUAUAUUUAUGAUAUGAUAUAUUGAAUGCCUGAGAAAGACAGUAACAUUUUCAUUUUUGGUUGUGUUUUUGUUGAAUGAGCAUUAUGAAGUAAAACUGGAUGUUGAAUUUAUGAAAAAUCAGUUUCAGUAUACUUGUGUAUCUGAAGCUGAAAUUAUGACAACUGAAAUCUUAGAUACAGUAAUUUAUGUUUCAGUGAAUUAAAUAAUCAUUGACUUUGUCAAUACUAUUGCUGCAUUCACUGAUAUAUGUAAUGGUUAUUAAUUUAUAUGACUUACCAAAAAUGACAAACCUUUUCGUAUAUAAUGCUAAUGAAUUUCCAUGACUAAAUAAACAUGAAAAUCCUU